UUGUGUUGCGGGGCUGUCAGCCCUCAUACACACACACACACCUGACAGACGCACAAGUCUGGGUCCUGCGUGAGCCCUUGUCCUCGCUGUGACAGCCAUCCUGUGCCUCCUUGUCCCUCAUGUGUGCCCAUCACCAUGUGCACGGGAGGCUAUUCCGGCCAGCCCAGGCCUCGGCUCAGACCCUGCGGAAGGGUGUGUCUUGAGGGGCCAUCACACGCACCUACGGUCCCUUCCGUCUGGGCCCUGCGUGUGUUGUGGGCGCCAGCCCUGGGCUGCCUGGCCCGCCAUGCGUACAGGAGUGGGGUGCCCUCUGUACCCCGGAUGGGAUGGGUGCCUCGUGGGGCCCUGGCGCCCCCUGCACUUCCCGGCUAACCGCACCCCUCUGCCCUGUCCUGCAGGCCCCAGGGAGCGCCAUGGCCCGAGCACGCCAGGAGGGCAGCUCCCCCGAGCCCGUAGAGGGCCUGGCCCGCGACGGCCCGCGUCCCUUCCCCCUCAGCCGCCUGGUGCCCUCGGCCGUAUCCUGCGGCCUCUGCGAACCCGGCCUGCCUGCCGCCCCCGCCGCCCCCGCCCUGCUGCCCGCCGCCUACCUCUGCGCCCCCACCGCCCCGCCCGCCGUCACCGCCGCCCUGGGGGCCCCCCGCUGGCCUGGGGGUCCUCGCAGCCGGCCCCGAGGCCCGCGCCCCGACGGUCCUCAGCCCUCACUCUCGCCCGCGGAGCAGCACCUGGAAUCGCCAGUGCCCAGCGCCCCGGGGGCCCUGGCGGGCGGCCCCACCCAAGCGGCCCCGGGAGUCCGGGGGGAGGAGGAGCAGUGGGCCCGAGAGAUCGGGGCCCAGCUGCGGCGAAUGGCGGACGAUCUCAACGCGCUGUACGAGCGGCGGAGACAAGAGGAGCAGCAGCGACACCGCCCCUCCCCCUGGAGGGUCCUGUACAAUCUCAUCAUGGGACUCCUGCCCUUACCCAGGCGCCGCGGAGCCCCCGAGAUGGAGCCCAAUUAGGUGCCUGCACCCGCCCGGUGGACGUCGGGGACGUGGGGGGCAGGACCCUCCCACCUCCUGAUGCCCUGGCCAGUGCGGGGGACUUUUUCUGCACCAUGUAGCAUACUGGACUACCAGCCCUGCCUGUCCCAGGGGCGGGCCAGGGCAGCCACUCCGGACCCAGCCCCGGCCUAGCCUGGGGGGCACUGACAGAGAUGUGGACUCCUGGGUCCCUGGCUGAGGAGCCAGGGGAGAGAGGGCUGACGGACUCAGCGUCUGAAGGCGGCGGUGACCGAGGCGGUGGGGACUGAGCCGCCCGCCUCUGCCGCCCAACACCAUCUCAGGAAAGGCUGCUGGUGCUGGCUGCCCGUUCCAGCUGCAGGGGUGACACUGGUGGAGGGGGGGGGGUCUCUCUCUCUCUCUCUCUCUCCCAGUGCUCCUUCACUUUGGGCCUGGCCUCAGGCCCCUGGUGCUUCCCCCCCUCCUCCCGGGGAGGGGGCCCGUGAAGAGCAAAUGAGCCAAACGUGACCACUAGCCUCCUGGAGCCAGAGAGUGGGGUGCGUCUGACGGCCGCCCCAGCCCAGCGCCCAGCCAUCUUCCCUGAGCCAGCCGGCGGGUGGUGGGCAUGCCUGCCUCACCUUCAUCUGGGGGUGGCCAGGAGGGGCCCAGACUGUGAAUCCUGUGCUCUGCCCAAGACCACCCCCCGCCCCCCCAUCAAUCCCAUUGCAUAGGUUUAGAAGAGAGCACGUGUGACCACUGGCAUUCAUUUGGGGGGUGGGAUAUUUUGGCGGAAACCGCCCCAGCCUUAGUCCCCAGGGCGAAGCGCUGGGGGGAAACGGGGAGUCAGGGAGGGGGGGAUAUCUCAGAAGAGGGAGGAGUCUGGGAGCGGGGAGGGAUGGCCCAGCCUGUAAAAUACUGUAUAUGCGCUGCUGUAGAUACCGGAAUGAAUUUUCUGUACAUGUUUGGUUAAUUUUUUUUGUACAUGAUUUUUGUAUGUUUCCUUUUCAAUAAAAUCAGAUUGGAACAGUGGA